AUGGGCAACAACUGCUUCUUUUCAAUUGAUAAUCAUGGACAUAUUCCUUUGAAUAAAUCAGGUGAAGGUGACGUUCAUUUUAAGAAUUCUCAACAAGGUGGUUCGCUUUUUAGCAUUACAAAUCAGAACCUUGUUAGGGCAGCCUGGUGCACAAAGCAUCCUGCAUUCACGCAGGAUCCGGGAAAGGCCGCACCCCUUGGGGAAAUUCAUGAUUACUUGAAGACUCUUUGUCCUGACUUGCAUAUUAGUCGAGGGGAAUAUGAUGAGGAGACACGUUACCCAGAAACCAAAACACUGACCAUUGGUCAGUUCAAGCUUGGAUUAUGCCAUGGGCACCAGGUUGUUCCGUGGGAGGACUUAGACUCUCUAGCCAUGCUCCAGAGGCAAUUGGAUGUCGACAUACUUGUGACUGGCCACACCCAUCAGUUCACAGCAUACAAACACGAAGCAGGGGUGGUUAUAAAUCCAGGAUCUGCCACUGGUGCCUACCGCAGCAUCACUUAUGACGUCAACCCCAGCUUUGUUCUCAUGGACAUUGAUGGCCUGCGUGUUGUGGUCUAUGUUUAUGAACUCAUUGAUGGAGAAGUUAAAGUUGACAAGAUCGAUUUCAAGAAAACAUCAACAACAUAGAAUAUUCAUUGAACAAGAAGACUCGUGUGCUACAGAUUUCAAUCAAGGCCCAAGUGUUAAUACGCCAUUGCUCCUAUUUGGAUAGUUUUCUUGUUGGUAUGUUUGUGUUUG